UUUAAAAUUGUAUAAUUUAGUAAUGUAUUAGUUGUUUUCAGGUUAAAGGUUGAAGAUGAUCACCUACAUGCUUAUUAUUCUAUUGGUUUUGUACCAGAUAUGUAAUGGAGAACCUAAACCCAAGUGGCAUCUUGUAAAACUUUUGGGAAAACUUGAUCACAAGAAGGAGAAUACAAUUAAAGAAUCAAAUGGUAGACUACAUGAAGGCUCAUCUAAUAGAGCCUUUGGCUUUGGAGGUUGUAAUGCUAUUUUUACAAUUCUGUCAGAAAAGGGAAAAAAUGCAAUUGUUUCUAAGCACAAUGAGCUAAGAAGGAAAGUUGCAAAAGGGGAAGAAUUGGGACAGCCUCCUGCUGCUAAUAUGAGAGAGAUGGUCUGGAGUGAAGAAUUAGCUGAGUUGGCACAAAUAUCUAUCAACUCUGACCCUACCUGCUAUCCUGAUCAUGAUAAUACAGAUAUGUAUGGUCAGAAUAUUGGUAUGGACUAUGCCAAUUAUGAAGAGCAAGAUCAAUCUACAGCAGAAUUAUUAUUUCCAAAGAUAGUAAACUCUUGGUAUAGUGAGGUUGAAUUCUUCCAUAGAUCCCCAUCAAGAUUUACAUAUAAUCCUGUUGAUGGUCAUUACACACAAGUAGUUUGGGCUGAUAGCCAUGAAGUAGGAUGCGGAACAGCAUAUUAUCCCAAGGAUGAUCAAUUCUACAUAUCAAUGGUUUGCAACUAUCGUGUUGCUGGUAAUAUAGCGUCAGGGGCUUCUUUGUAUACAGAAGGAAAAGCAUGCAGUGCAUGUCCAGAUGGAACAUCAUGCAGCAAUGGACUUUGUGCCUAGAAAAAGAUUUAUAUGACUUUUUCGUUUACUUAUGAUAAAAUAGAAGAAAAAAAUAUUUU